AUGAAGUACACUAUUGUUAUAAGAUUUACCAGCACAUCUUCAUCUGCUCAGGGAGUAAAUGAUUUAUAUAUCCCAUUGUCAAUCAAUUUUGAAAAGGAUGAUGUUAAUAAGCUAGUAAAUGUCAACUGGUUGAAGGCAACUAUCAGAGAGAAAGUAAAUGAUUGUGGGAACAAAAGACUUAGGUUAAUUUAUAAUGGAAGGGUCCUCAAUGAAGCAACGAAUUUCAGGAAGGAUAUAUUUGAGCCUAAACUAAGGCAACUGAAACAAUCAGGGGAGCAAGUCGACGAAAAGAUAUAUGUGCACUGUGUUGUUGGAGAGGAGUUGACGGCUGAGCAAUUGGCAGAGGAAAACCAGUUAGAUAAUAAGCCACAGCAGAGAACGACAGCUCCAGAAGUGAUAGGUUUUGAUCGUUUAUUGCAACAAGGAUUUUCUCAAGAAGAUAUCAAUGAUUUGCGGAGGCAAUUCAUUCUGAUAUACGGAACUAAUUUACCGUCUAGAAGAACAGACCAGAUCAAUGAUUUGGAAGAGGAGGAACGUGCGCAAAGCACCAUAAGACAAUUAGAGGAAAGAUGGAUAGAAUCAACCGUGAAUACGACUGAACCAGGAAAUGCCAGCACUCCAGCUGCCACCAAUGCUGACGCUCCUUCCAAUGCAGAACAACAAGCACCUCCGCAUCCACUGUCCGAUUUGGACGAUGCCAAUGGUAACGAAGACCUUCUACUCGGACUCUUGAUGGGUGUAUUUUUGGGGGUUCUAAGCUUGAUUUUCAUCGUUGGGGAUGAUACCGUGUGCAACAAACGACAAAAAAUGUCGAUUAUCGCCGGAGUUGUACUCAACUGCAUGUUUGCAAUUGUAAGAGGCUCAUGGAUUUAA